GUGUGCUACGCUUGGGUUCUGUAGCCUUUUUCUGGCUCAAGCCAUGUUCGUGAUCAGUUGGACGCUACUUCCUCCACCUCAGCCAUGAGUUACGGCUACGGCUACGGCUAUGCUGGGUGGUUUCCACCAGGUUAUGGUUACGGUGGAUAUUGUGGAAAAGGUUUUGGCAAGGGCCACAAAGGCAAGGACAGGGGCAAGGAGAUGCUGAGGGGCGACCCCGAGCUCAAGGUGUGGGUCGGGGGGAUUCCCGAGUCACUGAAGUGGAAGGAGCUGCAGACUCACAUGGAGCAGGCUGGGAAGACAAAAUGGGUGGAGGUCUUCGCCGGAAAGGGAAAAGGCACCGCGGCUGUGGUAUAUGCCACCGCCGAGGAAGCAGCUAAAGCUGUUGCCACACUGAAUGGUUCCACUGUCGGAGGGGGCGUAAUCGAGGUGGACAAGUGGGUCAAACUGCCGAAGCCCGAGGAGAGCGCGGCCCCGGAUGCGGCGACUGCAAAGGCGAGUUCUUGAACGGCUGAAUGAUUUGGCAUGCCGGCCAUUAUGUUUAAGUGCUCUGUGCAUGUUUACCCGCCUAUUGUACAAAGAGGAGUGGGGUUGGCCUGUCCGCUCGUGUUGACGUGGGCCCCCAUGCUCCGCUUUAGGCGUGACUCCCACUUGAAGCUCUGGCGUCGUACAGAAAUCAGCGGUCUCACAGAGAAGUAUGACCAUGCAUUUGCCCCGUGUCCGCCUUCCGAGUCGGCGGCGCUGGAGGGCAGAAGUAGGAAGAGGGUGA